GUCAGCCCAUGUGGCGUGGCCGCGCGGGGAUGGCCGCGGUUUAAAUAGCGCCGGCGCGGCCUAGAGGGAGCCAGAGAGACGGCAGCGGCGCCCCCCGAGCUCCUCCGCCGCGCUCCGCCCUCGCCGCCCGUCUGCACCGGAGCCCCAUCCAGAGAAGAGCCAUGGAGGAGGUGGUGAUUGCCGGCAUGGCCGGGAAGCUACCGGAGUCAGAGAACCUGCAGGAGUUUUGGGACAACCUCAUAGGUGGUGUGGACAUGAUCACAGAUGAUGACCGACGGUGGAAGGCUGGAAUCUAUGGACUACCCAGGCGGUCUGGCAAGUUGAAGGACCUGUCCAAGUUCGAUGCCACCUUCUUUGGGGUCCACCCAAAGCAGGCACACACAAUGGACCCCCAGCUCCGCCUGCUGUUGGAAGUUGCCUAUGAGGCUAUUGUGGACGGAGGCAUCAACCCAGCCUCACUGCGAGGAACAAACACUGGUGUCUGGGUGGGUGUGAGUGGCUCCGAAGCAGCAGAGGCCCUGAGUCGAGACCCCGAGACACUCUUGGGCUACAGCAUGGUGGGCUGCCAGCGUGCAAUGAUGGCCAACCGGCUCUCCUUCUUCUUCGACUUUAAAGGGCCCAGCAUUGCCCUAGACUCAGCCUGCUCCUCCAGCCUGCUAGCACUACAGAACGCCUUCCAGGCCAUCCGCAGCGGGGAGUGCCCUGCUGCCAUUGUGGGUGGCAUCAACGUGCUGCUGAAGCCCAACACCUCUGUGCAAUUCAUGAAGCUGGGCAUGCUUAGCCCUGAAGGUGCCUGCAAGGCCUUCGAUGUGUCAGGGAACGGGUACUGCCGUGCUGAAGCAGUGGUGGCCGUCCUGCUGACCAAGAAGUCCAUGGCCCAGCGGAUCUAUGCCACUAUAUUGAAUGCUGGUACCAACACGGACGGCUUCAAAGAGCAAGGCGUGACCUUUCCCUCUGGAGAGGCCCAGGAAGAACUCAUCCGCUCCCUGUACCAGCCAGCUGGGCUGUGUCCUGAAUCCCUUGAGUACAUUGAAGCCCAUGGCACAGGCACCAAGGUGGGCGACCCCCAGGAAGUCAACGGUAUUGUACGAGCCCUGUGCACCUCCCGCCAUGACCCUUUGUUGAUUGGAUCCACCAAGUCCAACAUGGGACACUCUGAACCUGCCUCUGGGCUCUCAGCCCUGGUGAAGGUGCUGCUGUCUUUGGAGCAUGGGGUUUGGGCCCCCAACUUGCACUUUCACGACCCCAACCCCGAGAUCCCAGGACUGCAGAAUGGACAGCUGAAGGUGGUGGACCAGCCCCUGCCAGUCCGCGGUGGUAACGUGGCCAUCAACUCCUUUGGCUUUGGAGGUUCCAAUGUGCACGUCAUCCUUCAGCCCAACACACAGCAGCCUUCUGCACCUGCCCCCCACCACGCCCUGCCCCGACUGCUGCAGGCUUGUGGGCGCACCGAGGAGGCUGUGCAGAGCCUGCUGGAGCACGGCCGGCAGCACAGCCGGAACUUGACCUUCGUGGGCAUGCUCAACAACAUCUCAGCCACCUCCACCUCGACCAUGCCCUUUAGGGGCUACACGGUGCUGGGUGUUGAAGGCAGUGUCCAGGAGGUGCAGCAGGUGUCUGCCAGCAAGCGCCCGCUCUGGUUCAUCUGCUCAGGGAUGGGUACACAGUGGUGCAGGAUGGGGUUGAGCCUCAUGCGCCUGGGCAGCUUCCGCGAGUCCAUUUUGCGCUCUGACGACGCUGUGAAGCCACUGGGCCUGAAGGUUUCGGACUUGCUGCUGAGCACCGAUGAGAACACCUUUGAUGACAUCGUGCAUGCCUUUGUGAGCCUCACAGCUAUCCAGAUUGCGCUCAUAGACUUGCUGACCUCUGUGGGCCUGAAACCUGACGGCAUCAUCGGCCACUCCCUAGGGGAAGUGGCCUGUGGCUAUGCAGAUGGCUGUCUGUCCCAGAGGGAGGCUGUGCUUGCAGCUUACUGGAGAGGCCAGUGCAUCAAGGAGGCCAACCUGCCACCUGGCACCAUGGCGGCUGUUGGCUUGUCCUGGGAGGAGUGUAAGCAGCGCUGCCCCCCCGGCGUUGUGCCCGCCUGCCACAAUUCCGAAGACACGGUGACCAUCUCCGGACCUCAGGCCACAGUGAGUGAGUUCGUGGAGCAGCUGAAGCAGGAGGGAGUGUUUGCCAAAGAGGUGCGGACAGGCGGUCUAGCCUUCCACUCCUACUUCAUGGAGGGCAUCGCCCCCACACUGCUGAAGGCUCUCAAGAAGGUGAUCGUGGAGCCGCGGCCACGCUCUUCCCGUUGGCUCAGCACCUCCAUCCCUGAGGCACAGUGGCACAGCAGCCUGGCCCGCACGUCCUCGGCGGAGUACAAUGUGAACAACCUGGUGAGCCCUGUGCUCUUCCAGGAAGCUCUGUGGCACAUCCCUGAGCAUGCCGUGGUGCUAGAGAUCGCACCCCAUGCACUGCUGCAGGCCGUCUUGAGGCGGGGUGUGAAGCCCAGCUGCACCAUCAUCCCCCUGAUGAAGAAGGACCAGAAGGACAACCUGGAGUUCUUCCUCAACCACCUGGGCAAGGUGCAUCUCACAGGUAUUGAUGUCAACCCUGAUGCCUUGUUCCCGCCUGUGGAGCUCCCGGCUCCCCGAGGGACCCCCCUCAUCUCCCCUCACAUCAAGUGGGACCACAGCCAGACCUGGGAUGUUCCAGCUGCCGGAGACUUCCCCAACGGCUCCAACUCCUCCUCUGCCACAGUGUACAACAUAGACGCCAGUCCCGAGUCUGCUGAUCACUAUCUGGUGGACCAUUACAUCGAUGGGCGGGUGAUCUUCCCCGCCACUGGAUACCUGUGCCUGGUGUGGAAGACACUAGCCCGCAGCUUGGGCCUGUCCCCGGAGCAGAUGCCCGUGGUGUUUGAGGAUGUGACACUGCAUCAGGCCACCAUACUGCCCAAGACAGGGACAGUGCCCCUGGAAGUGCGGCUGCUGGAGGCCUCCCGUGCCUUCGAGGUUUCUGAGAAUGGCAACCUGAUAGUGAGUGGGAAGGUGUACCAGUGGGAGGAGCCCGAUGCAAAGGUUCUGACAUCAGAAGACCCGUGCUCCAUCGACCCUGCGCCUGUCUCCCACCUGACCCGGGAAGACGUGUACAAGGAGCUGCGGCUGCGUGGCUACAGUUACGGUCCUCACUUCCAGGGCAUCCUGGAGGCCAGCCUCGAAGGUGAAUGCGGCAAGCUGCUGUGGAAGGACAACUGGGUGACCUUUCUGGAUGCAAUGCUACAGGUGUCCGUUCUCAGCAGCAGCCAGCGUACUCUGCGUCUACCCACCCGGGUCACUUCUAUCUAUAUUGACCCAGUGGCCCACCUGCAGAAGGUCUACAAGCUACAGGGGGAGACUCAAGUGGUUGACGUGACAACAAACCUCGCUCUGGGCUGCACGGUGGCUGGUGGUGUCCGGAUCUCACAACUCCACGUGACCGCAGUCCCACGGCGGCAGCAGGAACACCUGGUGCCCACCCUGGAGAAGUUCUCUUUCACCCCCUACAUGGAGACGGGUUGCCUGUCUGAGGAUGCCACCCUGCAGGAGGAGCUGCAGCUGUGCCAGGGGUUGGCAAAGGCUCUUGAGACCAAGACCCCCCAGCAGGGUCUGAAGGUGACGGUACCUGGGCUAGAGGAGCCCCGGCAGCAAGGGCUGCCUCAGCUGCUGACAGCCGCCCGCCAGCUGCAGCUCAAUGGAAACCUGCAGCUCGAGCUGGGCCGGACACGGGCCCUGUUAGCCGAGGACCCCCUGGUCUGCGGCCUCCUCAACUCCCAGGCCCUCAAGGCCUGUGUGGACACAGCCCUAGAGAACCUACCCAGCCUCAAGAUGAAGGUGGGGGAGGUGCUGGCUGCUGAGGGUCACCUGUAUUCCCGCAUCCCUGCUCUGCUCAACACCCAGCCCAUGCUGCAGCUCGACUACACGGCCACCGACCGCAGCCCCCAGGUCCUGGAGGGCGUCCAGGCCAAACUGCAGCAGCACCAUGUCACCCAGGGCCAGUGGGACCCUGUCGACCCUGCCCCUGGCAACCUGGGCGUGUUUGACCUCCUGGUGUGUAACUGUGCAGUGGCAGCCCUGGGUGAUGCAGCCCUGGCCCUGGGCAACAUGGCAGCUGCCCUCAAAGAGGGAGGCUUCCUGCUGUUGCACACAGUGCUCAAAGGGCACACCCUUGGAGAGACCUUGGCCUGCCUCCCCUCAGAGCUGCAGCCCGGACCCAGCCUCCUGAGCCAGGAAGAGUGGGAGAGCCUGUUCUCGAGAGCGGCACUGCACCUGGUGGGCCUGAAGAAGUCAUUCUACGGCUCUGCGCUCUUUCUGUGUCGUCGGGCCGUCCCACAGGACAGCCCCAUCUUCUUCCCUGUGGAGGACACCAGCUUCCAGUGGGUGGACUCUCUGAAGAACGUUCUGGCUUCGUCAUCUUCCCGGCCUGUGUGGCUGACAGCCACAGACUGCCCCACUUCUGGUGUGGUGGGCUUGGUGACCUGUCUCCGCAGAGAGCCUGGUGGGCAGCGGAUUCGAUGCAUCCUGCUGUCCAACCUCAGCAGUGGCUCUCCCAUCCCCAAGAUGGACCCUGGCUCUGCAGAGCUGCAGAAGGUGCUGCAGGGGGAUCUCGUGAUGAACGUGUACCGGGACGGGGCCUGGGGGGCCUUCCGCCAUUUCCCGCUGGAGCAGGACAAGCCCGAGGAGCAGACAGCACAUGCCUUCGUAAGUGUCCUCACCCGAGGGGACCUUGCCUCCAUCCGUUGGGUCUGCUCUCCCCUGAGACACGCACAGCCCAGCAGCCCUGAAAUGCAGCUCUGCUCUGUCUACUAUGCUUCACUCAACUUCCGAGACAUCAUGCUUGCCACGGGCAAGCUGUCCCCUGAUGCCAUCCCAGGGAAACGGGCAGACCAGGAUUGUAUGCUGGGCAUGGAGUUCUCAGGCCGAGACAGCAGAGGCCAGCGUGUGAUGGGUUUGGUGCCUGCGGAAGGCCUAGCCACCUCGGUUAUGGUGACAUCAGACUUCCUCUGGGACGUGCCUUCCAACUGGACCCUGGAGGAGGCAGCCUCUGUACCUGUUGUCUACACCACUGCCUACUAUGCCCUACUAGUGCGCGGGCGUAUGCGGCGUGGGGAAUCUGUGCUCAUCCACUCAGGCUCAGGUGGCGUGGGUCAGGCUGCCAUCACCAUCGCCCUCAGCCUGGGCUGCCGUGUCUUCACCACCGUGGGCUCGGCUGAGAAGCGGGCAUAUCUCCAGGCCAGGUUCCCCCAACUAGAUGACACCAGCUUUGCAAACUCACGGGACACAUCGUUCGAGCAGCAUGUGCUGCGGCACACGGGUGGCAAGGGUGUCAACCUGGUCCUCAACUCUCUGGCGGAAGAGAAGCUCCAAGCCAGCGUGAGGUGCCUAGCACAGCACGGCCGCUUCCUGGAGAUAGGCAAAUUUGAUCUUUCCAAUAACCACCCACUGGGCAUGGGCAUCUUUCUGAAGAACGUCACCUUCCACGGCAUCCUACUGGAUGCUCUCUUUAAGCAUGGCGACGCUGACUGGCAGGAGGUGUCGGCAUUGCUGAAAGCUGGCAUCCGUGAGGGCGUCGUGCAGCCCCUCAAGUGCACUGUGUUCCCCAAGGCCCAGGUGGAGGACGCCUUCCGCUACAUGGCCCAGGGGAAGCACAUUGGCAAAGUCCUUGUGCAGGUGUGUGAGGAGGAGCCAGAGGCUGUGGUGUCUGGGGUUCAGCCUACCCUGAUGUCCGCCAUCUCCAAGACCUUCUGCCCUGCUCACAAAAGCUACAUCAUCACUGGUGGCCUGGGUGGUUUUGGCCUUGAGCUGGCCCAGUGGCUCAUGUUGCGGGGGGCCCGGAAGCUCGUGUUGACCUCCCGCUCUGGAAUCCGCACAGGCUACCAGGCCAAGCAGGUCCGAGAGUGGAGGCGCCAGGGUGUGCACGUGCUGGUUUCCACCAGCAAUGUCAGCUCUCUGGAGGGAGCCCGCGCCCUCAUUGCCGAGGCCACACAGCUUGGGCCUGUGGGAGGAGUCUUCAACCUGGCCAUGGUCUUGAGAGACGCCAUGAUGGAGAACCAGACCCCAGAGUCCUUCCAGGAUGUCAACAAGCCCAAAUACCGUGGCACCCUGAACCUGGACAGGGUGACCCGCGAAGCCUGCCCUGAGCUGGACUAUUUUGUGGCCUUCUCCUCUGUGAGCUGUGGGCGCGGUAACGCCGGUCAGACCAACUACGGCUUCGCCAACUCCACCAUGGAGCGCAUAUGCGAGCAGCGCCGGCACGAUGGCCUCCCAGGCCUCGCCGUGCAGUGGGGAGCCAUCGGUGAUGUGGGCAUCAUCCUGGAGGCAAUGGGCACCAAUGACACAGUCAUCGGCGGCACGCUGCCACAACGCAUUGCUUCCUGCUUGGAGGUGCUGGACCUCUUCCUGAACCAGCCCCAUGCCGUCCUGAGCAGCUUUGUGCUGGCCGAGAAGAAGGCAGUGGCCCACCAUGAUGGGGAAGGCCAGCGGGACCUAGUGAAAGCCGUGGCACACAUUCUGGGCAUCCGUGACCUGACAGGUGUCAACCUGGACAGCUCCUUGGCAGACCUGGGCCUGGACUCGCUCAUGGGUGUGGAGGUGCGCCAGACCCUGGAGCGGGAGCACGACCUAGUGCUGCCCAUGCGCGAGGUGCGGCAGCUCACACUGCGGAAGCUGCAGGAGCUGUCCUCCAGAACCAGCCCGGCUGGUGAGCCGACGGCCCCCAGCUCCAAGGGGAACCACCUAGCCCCGAAGGAGGCCCUGCUGAACCUGAGCACCCUGUUGGUGAACCCUGAGGGCCCCACCCUGACAAAGCUCAAUACGGUGCAGAGCUCUGAGCGCCCUCUGUUCUUGGUGCACCCCAUUGAGGGCUCCACCACUGUGUUCCUCAGCCUGGCUUCCAAGCUCAGUGUGCCCACCUAUGGCUUGCAGUGCACCCGAGCGGCACCGCUGGACAGCAUCCCAAGCCUGGCCGCCUAUUACAUCGACUGCAUCAAGCAAGUGCAGCCCGAGGGUCCCUACCGCCUGGCCGGCUACUCCUAUGGGGCCUGUGUGGCCUUUGAGAUGUGCUCCCAGUUGCAGGCCCAGCAGGGCCUUGCCCCCGCCCACAACAGCCUCUUCCUGUUUGACGGCUCUCACACCUAUGUGGUGGCCUACACCCAGAGCUAUCGAGCAAAGAUGACCCCAGGAUGUGAGGCCGAGGCCGAGGCCGAAGCCAUCUGCUACUUCAUCAAGCAGUUCAUUGAUGCAGAGCACAAGAAGGUGCUGCAGGACCUCCUGCAGCUCAAGACCCUGGAGGAACGUGUGGCUGUUGCCGUUGAUCUCAUCUCCAAGAGCCACCACAGCCUGGACCGCCGUGAGCUGAGCUUUGCAGCCCAGUCCUUCUACCACAAGCUGCGAGCGGCUGACCAGUAUAAGCCCAAGGCCAAGUACCAUGGCAACGUGACACUGCUUCGUGCCAAGACAGGUGGCACCUAUGGUGAUGACCUGGGUGCUGAUUACAACCUCUCCCAGGUGUGCGAUGGGAAGGUGUCUGUGCACAUCAUUGAGGGUGAUCACCGCACCCUGUUGGAGGGCAGUGGCCUAGAAUCCAUCAUUAGUAUCAUUCACAGCUCCCUAGCUGAGCAUCGAGUGAGUAUGCGGGAGGGCUAGACCCUGCCCCCUGCAUAUCCACCCUCCAUACCCACCACCACAGAGCUCCAGUCCCCACGACACCCUGAGUGCAGGAGUUGCGGAGGGUCCUGCUGGUGGGACCCCUGACUCCCCACCAUGGCCCAGACCACCACCUCCACUGGUAGCUGCUAGAAAUGGGACCAUCACAUGUGUCCGUGCCACCCACCAGGGUCCCCAGAGCCAUGACUUGGAGACACCCUGGUCUGUGAAGAGUCAAUGGGGCCAGCAGGAGCUGAGCUGAGCCUUUCCUACCGUGUGGGGUCUGCCACAUGGUUUGGUUUUCUCUGUUGAAAUUCUCAUAUUUAUUGCAUUGCUGGGAAAGAUCCCCUGGCUCAUUCCACACUGAAGGUGGCCGAAGCCACAAGGGACAGACUUCUGGGGAGCACCGCAUCGUUCUGUGUCAGCACACAGCGCACAGGCUGCUGGCUGGAGCCCCUUGGCCAGCCCCUUUUCUGCCUGCUGCAGGGCAGGGUAGGGCACGGAAAGGGCUGGCCCCCAAGGAACAAGGACCCCAGCAGACACUGUAGCCUUCCAUUCUGUCCCAGCACUCCCGGCUGCACCCAUGAUGCAGGGACAAUCUGACCCUGCGGACCGCACCGGCCAUCAUUUGUAUUUGUUUUCAAAAAAAAAAAAAAACCUGAUUGCUGCUGGGUUGGGGCGUUUACUGCGGCUGUCUAAAGAACCUUGUCUGGACUGUUUGCUUUUACACCAACUUGGUAAAAAUAUGCUCUGGAUGCUGUUCUUCCCCGAUUAAACUGCACGUGAGCACUG